AUGCCACAGCAGCAGCAGCAGCAGCAGCAGCAGCAGUCGUCGCCGCCGCCACAACAACAGCAACAACAGCAGCAACAGCAACAACAACAACACCGACAGCAACAGCGACAGCAAAUACAAUCGCAGCAACAACCUCAACAGCAUGGUAUUAGUUUGGCCGUCACCCAGGGACCCACAUGCGCCAAAGUUGCCACCGGCAAAGAAAAAGAUCGCAAACCGAUUGACCCGCCUCCCAUUCUUGAACUCGUUAUCAACACGAGAAACUUUGACCGCAGCUUCUACGGCAAUCCCCAGCACUGCCUUGUCGACCCUUCCUGGUUUCUGUACGCGUCCUUGAUCAACGCCCAAGAAGACAGCAGACAAGACCCCGAGAUGACGAGGAAAGCGCUGGUCGGCUCCACGUGCUCAUCGCUACAAAAGUACAAGGACCCCGAUCACCAGGACGCCGGCUACUUUGUGUUUGGAGACCUUUCGGUCCGUUUUGAAGGAUGCUACAAGCUGCAGUUCCAUCUGUACAAGAUGCAUGGCACCGAGAUGGUGAUGUGCGCCUCGGCCACUACCGAGGCGUUCCAAGUCCACACGCAAAGGACGUUCCCAGGCAUGGCCGAGUCAACGUUCCUCACGCGCUACCUCAGCGAGCAGGGAUGUCGACUACGUCUUCGGAAAGAUUCCCGCAUGGCCUCGAACAGGAAGCGCCAGCUCACGUACGGAAUAGAGGCAGAACACGCCCGUUCUUUCGCCCCCGGCCCGUCACUGAAGCGCCGUCGUGGAAAUGACGGGUUGGCCGCGACAAUCGACGACAACGGUCUCGAGACACAGGAACAGACAGAGGUCGAAUGGUGGCGCACUUGGGAGCCCGUGGUCUGA